AUGAUGAUGAUGGGUGACGAAGACGAUGAGGAGCACCAGAGGUUGGUGUUAGAACAAGUCUUCGGACCCUCAAUCUCCGACGAUGACACCCACUGCGACGGUAGAUCCGAUUCCGAUACAGAUAUGGAGGAGCAGCAUCAGAGAACAGUGUUAGAACAAGUAUUCGGACACUCAUCCUCCGACGAAGAAAACGACGACGGUAGAUCCGAUUUCGAUUCCGAUUACAAUUGGGAACCAAUCGAAGAAGUGAAAGGGUUAUGGAUGCUAAGAAACUUCCUAUCAAUUCGUCAACAAUCUCGCUUACUCUCGUCAAUCGAAUCGGAGCAAUGGUUCACGCAACCUUCAAUCAACCAAGCAAUGCGUUUCGGUUAUCAAAACCUACCUCAUUGGGCAAUCAAACUCUCUCAUUCAAUUCGUCGUUCGUGUUCUGAUUCAUCUUUUCUCCCACCAAAUUUGCUACAGAGGGAACCGUUGUUUGAUCAAAUAAUAACAAACUUGUACCAGCCAGGUGAGGGAAUAAGUCCUCAUGUUGAUCUCUUGCGGUUUGAAGAUGCCAUUGCUAUUGUCUCUUUGGAAUCGUCUUGUGUCAUGCAUUUCACUUUGGAGGAACUGUGUGUUCCUGUUUUGCUUACUCCUGGUUCCUUGGUUAUCAUGUUUGGAGAUGCUAGGUAUCUUUGGAAGCAUGAGAUUAAUCGGAAACCUGGGUUUCAAUCAUGGAAGGGAGAAUUGUUGAAUCAAUCCACGCGAACCUCUGUUACCCUCAGAAAACUUUGUUCCUCUGCUCCCCCAAUCUAAAAAUCAAUCCUUUUUUUUUCUUUUUUCUUUGUUCAUCCAAAAUCUCAAAUUUCAAUCAAAUUAGUUUGUUUUUAGAUGGUUUCCUACCCCCAAUUGUACCAAAAAAUAAGGGAAAUUUUGUGGGUUGGAUGUGUACUUUAGGACAAAACAAGAGUUUUUGUGUAAUUUUGGACAUGAAUGAAGUAUACACCCUUUGAGAUAAA